CGGCCGGAAGUGACGUAGGGGCGGUGGCGGAGCGGCGGAACGAGGCGGCGGCGCGGCCGGGCCGGGCCUGGGGCACCCCGGCACAGCCACUGGUCAGUUCUCUCAAACCCUCGAUGUAGAAUGACAGAAUGUCCUGAGUGGGAAGGGAUCCACAGGAAUCACCAGCCCAGCUCCUGGCCCUGCACAGACACCCCAACAAUCAGAUCAUAGAUAUUUGAUUCCAGAACAAAAAAAAGCGAUGGUUGUGGGGUUUUUAAAUUCAGAGUUGAAUCUAGCAUAGACUGCCAAUGAGCAUUUGAAGGUCCUGGGUUUCACUUAAAUGAGAAAGUAUAGCAGAUGGACCCGUCGUCCCCGCCGUUCCUGCUGGCCAAGCUGACCCCCCUGCACUCGGAGCAGCUCCUGCAGGGCCUCAACCUGCUGCGGCAGCACCAGGAGCUCUGCGACGUCGUGCUGCGCGUGGGCGAGGCCAAGAUCCACGCGCACAAGGUGGUGCUGGCCAGCAUCAGCCCCUACUUCAAGGCCAUGUUCACCGGGAACCUGUCGGAGAAGGAGAACGCCGAGGUGGAGUUCCAGUGCGUGGACGAGGCGGCGCUGCAGGCCAUCGUGGAGUACGCCUACACCGGCACCGUCUUCAUCUCGCAGGACACCGUGGAGUCGCUGCUGCCCGCCGCCAACCUGCUGCAGGUCAAGCUGGUGGUCAAGGAGUGCUGCGCCUUCCUGGAGAGCCAGCUGGACCCCGGCAACUGCAUCGGCAUCUCGCGCUUCGCCGAGACCUACGGCUGCCACGAGCUGUACCUGGCGGCCAACAAGUUCAUCUGCCAGAACUUCGAGGACGUGUGCCAGACCGAGGAGUUCUUGGAGCUGACGCACUCGGAGCUGGACGAGAUCGUGUCCAACGACUGCCUGAACGUGGUGACGGAGGAGACGGUGUUCUACGCCCUGGAGUCCUGGAUCAAGUACGACGUGCAGGAGCGCCAGAAGUACCUGGCGCAGCUGCUGCACUGCGUGCGCCUGCCCCUGCUCAGCGUCAAGUUCCUCACGCGGCUCUACGAGGCCAACCACCUGAUCAGGGACGACCACACCUGCAAGCACCUGCUCAACGAGGCCCUCAAGUACCACUUCAUGCCCGAGCACAGACUGUCCCACCAGAGCGUGCUGCUGACGCGGCCCCGCUGCGCGCCCAAGGUGCUCUGCGCCGUGGGGGGCAAGGCCGGGCUCUUCGCCUGCCUGGAGAGCAUGGAGAUGUAUUUCCCCCAGAACGACUCGUGGAUCGGGCUGGCCCCUCUGAGCAUCCCCCGCUACGAGUUCGGCAUCUGCGUGCUGGAGCAGAAGAUCUACGUGGUGGGAGGCAUCGCCACCCACGUGUGCCAGGGCAUCAGCUACAGGAAACACGAGAGCUCCGUGGAGUGCUGGGACCCCGACACCAACACGUGGAGCUCCCUGGAGAGGAUGUUUGAGAGCCGCAGCACGCUGGGCGUGGCGGUGCUGGCCGGGGAGCUGUACGCGCUGGGCGGCUACGACGGCCAGUCCUACCUGAGGAGCGUGGAGAAGUACAUCCCCAAGGUCAAGGAGUGGCAGCUGGUGGCCCCCAUGAGCAGGACACGGAGCUGCUUCGCUGCUGCUGUGCUGGAUGGGAUGAUCUACGCCAUCGGGGGCUACGGGCCUGCACACAUGAACAGCAUGGAGCGCUACGAUCCGAGCAAGAACUCCUGGGAGACCGUGGCCUCCAUGGCUGACAAACGGAUAAACUUUGGGGUGGGGGUGAUGCUGGGCUUCAUCUUCGUGGUGGGGGGACACAAUGGGGUGUCCCACCUGUCCAGCAUCGAGAGGUACGACCCCCACCAGAACCAGUGGACGGUGUGCCGGCCCAUGAAGGAGCCCAGGACAGGUGUGGGUGCGGCGGUGAUCGAUGACCACCUGUACGUGGUGGGAGGCCACUCGGGCUCGUCCUACCUGAACACGGUGCAGAGGUACGAGCCCAUCUCGGACUCGUGGCUGGACUCAGCGGGGAUGAUGUACUGCCGCUGCAACUUCGGCCUCACGGCGCUCUGAGCCCUGGGCUGAGCCAGCAAACCUCCCCGGGCCCUGGGAGCCACCAGGGAGCCACCAGGGAGCCACCAGGGAGCCACCAGGGAGCCACCAGGGAGCCCUCGGCACCUCCGGAGCGCGGCCGGGGAAGCCGAGCUGCCCUGGGCACCCCGCCGGCGGCAGCGGCUUCGGGAGAGAGCCGCCAUCCGCUUGGGAAUUUGUCCGUCCCACCCUUCCCAGAGCUUUCGUCUCUUCCUCCUGCGGAAUGUGGGGUUCCCUGCGCUGGGGGAGCUCGGGGUGCCGAGCCCUGCCCGUGGGAAAGCGCCAGCGCUUCACGGGGUUUUUUAUGACCAAGGGCUGCCUUGUUUCUGUAUCUCAAGGUUUGUACAUAAUAAAUGCCAUAGGAUGUUGCCUGUA